AAAUCAAAUUGUGCAGGGUGUGCAAGUGUUAGUGUGUUACAGAUAAAAAAUACGAGAAAUAAUAACAAGAAUAGCAACUUUUUUAUUGUAUUCUCCAUCGUUUCAUUAGCACAUAGCAAUUCCGAAUAGACAAAGGUGGGUUUUCAAUGGAGAACAUUCUGGGUCUCAUCAAAUUACGCAUCAAAAGAGGCACUAACCUCAAACCUUGUGAUAGUGAUUCCAGUGACCCUUAUGUCCUUGUCACCUUGGAGGAAACGAAACUGAAAACUCGUCAUGAGAAAGAUAGCUUGAAUCCUGAGUGGAAUGAAGAAUUGACACUCUAUAUUAAGGAUGUUAAUAUUCCCAUUCAUCUUACGGUUUGUGACAAAGACACUUUCACGAAGGACGACAAGAUGGGCGAAGCGGAUAUCGACUUGAAGCCAUAUCUUCUGUGUGUGAAGGUGGGAUUAAGCGAGCUGCCAGAGGGCCAUGUGGUGAAGAGGAUUGAACCAAAUGACUCUAACUGCCUUGCUGAAGAGAGCAAGAUCAUAUGGACUAAUGGGAAAGUAAUCCAAUAUAUGACCUUAAAAUUGAGAAAUGUUAACACUGGUGAGCUUCAUGUGGAAAUUGAGUGGCUUGAUGUUCCUGAAUCCAAGGGCUUAUCUGGGGUUCCACUUUAGAUCUGUUUUCAUUUUCAUUAUCAUUCCCUUGCUUUAGUAGUACUUGUGUUAUGUAUUUAUCAUGUUGUUAUCACAAACUAAGAUUUUGUUAACAUAUAACCCAUCUUAUUAUGGAGUGAGAAUUAGGAUGAGUUGCUGAAA